CAGGUGUGAAAAUAAUAACAAACAAACAACAAAUAAGAAUAAUUCAUAAUUGUAAAUUGGAAAAUUCAUUCAGUAUUAAGAAUUAUUCUUCCUGGUUAAAUAUUAAAAAAAAAAUUAGCCACUCGAUUUCGUAAAGAAAAUGUACAUAAUUGGACAACUUUUUAAUCAUCUAUUUACAGCAAUAUAUUUCUUUUUUCGUAAAUUACUUAAAGGUUUUUUACGUAAAACAACUGGAUUAUGUGAACUACAAAGAAUAUGCUAUGCUGAUUAUUCAAAUGCUUAUCGAUCAAAAGCUAUAGAAAAUUCACUCAGACUAUCUAAAUCACCAGUAUUACAAAAAAUCGAUUCUGAAUUGACCAGUAUAGCAUUGGCGGAUCAAUUGGCUCAUCGAUGGGAAAUUGUGGAAAAAGCUGUUGAAGCUACUCUAGUCACUAAAUGUAUCAACACUAAUAUUCAUACUGACUUUAUUCUUCCUUAUCGAAUUUGUUUGGUACAAAUCUAUGGUUAUCGUCAAUUAAUUGCUCGAUUAGAUAAAUUACGAGCCAUCACUUUUGAUCCGAAUGAUGAAUCACAUCAAAAAUUAUUGAAAACUUUAUGGGAAAAACUUUGUCCUGAUCGAAAAUUGGAUGGAUUAAUUAGUAAACAAUGGACUGAAAUUGGUUUCCAAGGAUCUGAUCCAAGUACAGAUUUUCGCGGUAUGGGUCUAUCCAAUAGAAUUGCUAUCGUAACUGGAGGUGGAUCGGGAAUCGGACGAGCUGUAUGUAAAUUAUUGGCUAAAGAAAAUGCUUCGAUAAUUGUAGCCGAUCGUAAUGUAAAAGGUGCUCAAGAAACGAUCGCAUCAAUGACCGAAGGUCAACAUGUUGCUGCCGAAGUAGAUGUUGCCAAAUUGGAUUCAGUUAAAUCAAUGUUCGAAUUGGUGAAUAAAACAUAUGGAUCCGAAGAGGUAGCAACAUUGUUGGUCAAUUCGGCCGGUAUUACAAAAGAUGGAUGGGUAAUCGAUAUGAAACCGGAAGAUUUUGAUCAAGUUUUAGAUGUCAGUCUUAAGGGAACAUUUUAUACAACACAGUUGGCCUGUAAAACAAUGAUCGAUAAGAAAAAAAGUGAUGGCGGAUCUAUUGUUAAUUUUAGUAGUGUUAGUGCCAAAAUAGGCAAUAUGGGACAAGCGAAUUAUGCUGCUGCUAAAGCUGGCGUCGAAGGUUUAACACGUACAGUAGCCCGAGAAAUGGGCAAAUAUAAUAUUCGAUGUAAUGCUGUUAUUCCUGGUUUCAUCGAAACACCGAUGGUUGAAACAGUACCCGAACAUAUUAUGCAAGGAAUGUUAUUCUUAACUCCAUUGGGACGAAAGGGACAACCCGAAGAAGUGGCCAAUGUUAUAAAAUUUUUACUUUCAAAAGAAAGUUCUUACAUUACCGGUGCUAUGCUUCAAGUUUCCGGUGGUCUUUUCUUAUGAAAGAUUUUUCAAAUAUUUUUUUAUAUCAUCAAUCUCUUUGUCAAAUCAAAAA